UCUGUUGCUGCUGCAGCUUUUCUCUUCUUCUUCUUCUACUUCUUCUUCUCGGUGAUGGUGUUCUCGACUCUACCCAGCUUCUUCUUCUUCUUCUUCUUCUUCUUCUGUUGGUUUCAUGAUCUACAUUGAUGCCUGUCUUGUACCUGACGGGUUUUCCAAGGAGGGAGCUGAUUUAUGAGCUAUAGCUAGCUAGCUCUACGUUUGGUUUGGGUUUAUUGUGCCUUUGUUUUUGUUUUUGUGAGAGUGGAAUUGGAGAGCCGAGAUACCCAUUUCAAGCAGAGAUUUUCGAGUAGCAACUGGGUGGCCUGGCUUCGCUGAUUUCAAAAAAGAAAAGGAAAGGUAGAGCACUGAUGGCCUCGGAAUUGCCUCCCCAGCUGGUGAACAUAGAGAAAGAAGUGUGCGAUGCCUUUAAGCUCCUCUCGACUGGUUUUCAACGAUUAGACAAGAUCAAAGAUGCAGGAAGGCAGACCAAGCAGCUUGAGGAGCUGACUGCUAAGAUGCGUGAGGCCAAGAGGUUGAUUAAGGAGUUUGAUAGAGAAAUCAACGAGGGGAGUGACAGGGUACUUCCUGAGACAGCCAAGCUACUGAACGAGAAGAAGCAAUCGCUCAUCAAGGAACUCAAUUCUUACGUUGCUCUGAGAAAGACUUACACAAGCUCGAUAGGGAGCAGGCAAGAGCUUCUUGAUGGAGGUUUGCAUGCUGGAGCAGCGCGUGGCGCGCAUGUCCGCGUGGCCUCAACUAUGUCGAACCAAGAGCUCGUUGAAGCUGGAAGGAAGCAGAUGGACGAAACAGAUCAAACGAUUGAAAGGUCAAAACAGGUUGUGGAGGACACCAUCAACAUUGGCGUACAAUCUGCCACGACUUUGAAAGGACAAACGGAGCAACUCGGCAGGAUAAACAAUGAGAUGGAUACACUCCAAUUCUCUCUAAAGAAAGCUUCAGGUCUAGUCAAAGAAAUUGGUCGACAGAUGGCAACAGACCGAUGUAUUAUGUUCUUUCUGUUCCUCGUUGUUGCGGGUAUAAUCGCAGUCGUUGUUGUUAAGGUUGUUAAUUCCAGCAACAAACAUGGCCAAGCUCCAGAAUUACCACCUCCAGCUGCCAGGCGGCGGUUACUGUUAACUAGGAUUUGAAUUGUCCUUCAACUUUGAACCGGAGCUUCCUAAAUGCGUCCACUUGCAGUGAGUCCCCAGCAGACCCACAACUUUCCUCUAAGGAACGUUCUUCUCCUCCUGGCCACUAUACGGCACUAAGCUAAAAGUAAAUACGCCAAGCUAUCUUUACCUCUGGUUUCAGUUUUACUCCGUGAAGUGCCAUCCUAGCAACAAAAAAUAGAGCUUGCUAUUGGUGCUGUAAAAUACCUAACCUAAUUGGCAAUACUCUUGUAUAAAUUUAAUUGAAAAAAUGUUUACCCUUUUGACACAUGAUCACAGAAAAAAAAAAAAAAAAAAAAAAAAAAAAA